UGCUCGUCCAAGUUCAAGGUGCGUUUCAGGCGUUUCAGCUGAUUCAGAGCCGCGUGGGAAGCUUCUGUUUCUAUUUAAAUCUACGGCUGAAGCGUGCGCUCACAGUACGCUGACGACCGGCCGCGCGCGCCGCCCGAAUAUACGAAACUAAGAUGUCGCUAGUACCGAUGAUGUUCCGCGACUGGUGGGAUGACUGGGAGCGCCCUUCCCGUCUGCUGGACCAGCACUUCGGCAUGGGCCUCCGCCGCGAUGACCUGCUCUCCUCGCUGUCUUCAGCUCUGCCCCCCACCUCGCUGCUGAGGAACUCGUACUUCCGGCCCUGGAGGACCAACCUCGCCAGGCAGGAGUCCAGCUCCACGAUCAACAUGACUAAGGAAAAGUUUGAGGUCAUCCUUGACGUGCAGCAGUUCGCGCCAGAAGAAAUCACCGUGAAAGCGACCAACAACGGCGUAGUGGUCGAAGGCAAACACGAGGAGAAGCAAGACGAGCACGGGUUCAUAUCCCGCCAGUUCACCCGCCGGUACAUGCUGCCGCCCGGCUACGAGGUCGCUGACCUCACCAGCUCCCUAUCCUCCGAUGGGGUCCUCACCAUCACGGCCCCCAAACACACCCCAGCCAAUGCUGGCGAAAGGGUCAUUCCAAUUACGAAAACCGGUCCCGCUAAAACCCCGGUCGCGCCAGCCCCUGAGCAGCCCAGAUAUGAACAGACAGUCCCCAUUGUCACCUCUCCCUAGACGACUAGACAACGACCGAGUAAUAUGGGUCUUCAGCGUUUACGUAUGUAUGAGACCACGCAAAAUCAUUGAAAUAUUUGGUUCUAAAUAAUGAUAUAUUGUGGAUCUCGUCAUGUAAACGCUGAAAACUUCAUUUACACAUAGCAUUUUUUACUACAAAAAUCUGUUGCUGGCCAGCAACGAUCAAAUGAUUAUAUUCGAUAUUUAAAUAUAUUUUCGCAUAUUAUAUUUAUUAAUAAACGACUUCAUUAAAA